AUGUCAUUGUUUGGUACAUCUGCAUCUACAGCUUCUACACCAUCGACAGGUUUGUUGUUUGGUGCCUCUGCAACACCAGCUGCAAGUGGAUCGUCUUCGUUGUUUGGAUCGAAUACUACUAGCUCUACACCAUCGACAGGUUUGUUGUUUGGCGCCUCUGCAACACCCUCUGGCGCAUCCACUUCAACACCAAACCUGUUUGGUAGUUCAACUCCUAGCUCUGCCACAACCACACCUGGCACUGGCGGUGGUUUGUUUGGCUCGGGAACUGGCAGUUUAGGUAGUUUGGGUAGCUUGAGUUCUACAGGUAGCAGUCUUGGCAGUCUGGGAUCGACUGCCACCACUGCGCAGCAGCCAAGUACAUCGUUGUUUGGUAGCAACGCCGCCUCACAACAACCCAGUACCUCUUUGUUUGGACAAACAACAUCCAACACACAGACAUCGACAACUGCAACCACUUCACUCUUUGGACAACCAGCAGGUGCUACAACCUCAUCGUUGUUUGGUGCAACUUCAUCGUUAACACCAACAAAUAAUACAGCAUCGACAUCACUAUUCGGACAACCUGCAAACAACACAACAUCAUCGCCUUUCGGUGUACAACAACAACCAACUUCUUCACUCUUUGGUGCUACUACCACUGCAACACCACCAACAACCUCAAACUCAUUAGCACUCAUUUCAUCAUCAACAAACAAUCAACCAAGAAGACCUGAAGAGAUACUUGACGGUAGAUCAGUUGAAUCAAGAAUAGCAGAAUAUAUACAAUCUAUAUCACCAGAGAGUCCAUAUUGUAAAUUUUUAUAUUGGUUUUAUAACUAUCAAGGUCAAGUUAUUAAUCCAAAGUUAGUACCGAAACCACCUAAUAUUACAGAUGAACAGUGGAUAUAUGCUCAAUCACAAAACCCAGAUCCUAAUUUAUUUGUACCUGUAGCAGCAAGAUCAUUCAAUGAUUUAAGAGAAAGAAAGAUAAUACAAGAAAAGAAUAUAGAUUUACUUUUUAAUAAUACAAUGGAAUCAUUGAACAAUAUAAAGUCAUUACAAAACUAUUUAGCAUUACAGAUACAAUCACAAUAUGAAGCGAUGAAGAAGCGUAAUUUACUGUUAUUACACAAGUACAUAGAGGUUUGGAGUAAUCUCGAGAUCUACAGAGGCAAAGGCAGACCAGUUACCAAUGCAGAGGAACAUCUCUUGAGGCGUGUAAAACAGAUUUUGGAUAUUCUCAAUCAACCCAAUUCACUUCCCUCCAAAGUAGAGGAGAUCAGCAAUCAAGUACUCUUGAACAAUCUCGAGAGCGAAAGAAUCAACUUCCAGCUACGUCCAGAAUCACUAGAAUCACUCUUUACUCUUUUCAAAACAAUGACAAACUCUGUUGAAUCAAUGUCGAACGAUCUUGAACAAUCACUACAAGAUGCUGCCAUCUUGAAGAAUGAAUUAAUCAAAUUUAGAUAG